AUGAAGUUUAGAUUAGAAUCUUAUGGAAGUGGCAACGAGCGUGUGUUGAGGUAUUUAAACGGAAACAUCAUUAGGGAAUCUCCAAUACAACAUUUCUUUACAGUAACAAAUAACAAAAAUGAUGAAGAUAAUCAAAAUAAUACCAAUGGAGAUGUAUCUUUAAGUAAUGAAGAGGUUUCAUUAACUGAUGAAGAAAAUUUCGAGUUGUCGGACGAGUUUUUGAGUAAAUUACACGAACUAAACUGUGAAAAUUGGCACCUGAUUGCAACAAAUAUAUGUAUGGCAACGACGUUGAGAUAUGAAAAGGAAAAUCCAUUGGAGUGGGACGAGUCUCGGAAGGAUCAACAGAUGGGAUACGCGUCACUAUCCAAGAUUAAAUCCAUAUUUGAACAUUUAAACGAUAGUAAAAAACUUAAGCUUUUACACACAGUUAAUAGAUUUGAUCCACAGACGCUUAAAUACUCCAUUUUCCACAGGAAUUUGUCACUGGAUGAAUGCUCCAGUAAGUCCCUGGCACUAUCGCAGAGUAUACGUGACGGUAUUAAUUUGCAAAAAGAGUUCAUCAACGUGAUAUUGGAGUUGAAGAAGGAGUUUAAGUUAUUAAUGAGUCACAGAAAUCCUGUGGACUUAACGUCACUUGAUGUAGACUUCCCAUCCUCAUUUUCCCUGAAUGUUCUCUUUUAUGACAUUUCUUACUAUCCAUUUAGCAUCCCAUUACCGAAUCUGAACAUAGAUACAGAAGUUAAUCAAAACACUGUAGAAACUACUCCAAGAGAAGAGUAUAUAUGGGAUAUAUGGUUAUACCAUAACAACAGUUCUCCAUUUGUGCCUCAAGUUUGUACUAUAUACUAUAAUAAUUUGACCAAUGAUGAUGAAAAAGAAUGUAACCAGGUGAACAACAAUAUUAAUAAUGUGAAAAUGGUCUUCCCGAUGGGUAUAUCACAUUUUAUAGAGAAAAAUUAUGGAUUGUGUGUAAAUAACAGCUCAGUUCCAUUGUACGAAAGGGAUGAGUCAAACUUAUUAUUAUACCAUUUAAGAAGAGGAAGAAAUUGCCUGAUUGAUAGGCAUAUUUUCUUGACAAUAGCACAAAUGUGUUUUGAUUUAACUAACAACAAAACCAAACCCGUUGAUAAUGGUGUAAAGGUGUUGUUUAUCGGAUCAGAUAGUAUAAGACUAGAGUUAAUGGGAUUAAAGGUAGAGAUAGGAUAUAAACCAGUGGAACAAGUGGAAGUUGGAGAAGUAAUGUGGAAGCUGGUAAUAGCUAAAAUGAGAAGUGUACACAUUCAAAACUGGAAACAACAAAAGUACCAACUCAACAAUAAUAUAUCAAACAUAUUUAAUGAAACUUAUUUGGGUAAAAUUAUUUAUAUAAAAUUGUUUGAUGGAAUAAAAAAAUCAAAAUUUGGACAAAAAAUGGUAUUAAAGAGUGAAAUAAUAAUAUUUGGGAAUUUCAAUUUUAGUAAAUAA